AUGAAAUCAGCAGUUGAUUGCUGUGUUUCUGUGUAUUACUUUUGCAUCUUUUCAUCUAUAAUUAAUAGUCCGUUUUUCAAUACGAGUAACGUUUUAUGCCUAUUGUUGCUUGCGAUUCAUAAAUCCGCUCGCCAAUCAUCGCUGAAAUUCUGUCUAGUCCAACCAGAUCGUUGUGAGUCAAAAAAGGAUUUCCUUACAGCAGCUCUAGUAACACCUUUUGGUAUAGCUGCGUCUAUAAACGGAUCUUGGUCAACGGGUAGAGCAGGCUGUGUUUGGUAUGGAUUUAUUACUUGUUGGAUGGGUUUGACCUCGAUUCUCCAAUUGACAGGUAUUGCAGCGGAACGUUAUUUCACGUUGGCACACGCAGAUUUACGAUGGGCUUAUACAUGUAAAAGAUACACUCGCUCAUAUAUUGCGUUUGCUUGGCUGGCAUCUGGUUUAGCAAGCUUUUUUCCACUUUUGGGGUGGUCCAGAUACGACGUUGAAGGAAUAGGCUUACACUGCUCCAUAAUGUGGAGUGAAACGUCACUGAAUUACGCUUCUUACAGUUCAUUUUUACUUGUUGUAUUUUUCACGGUUCCUUUAAGUAUGAUCAUUUACUUUUAUGCCAAAGUAUACUUGGUUGUACGACGAUUAUCGUGUGAAGCUAAAGCGUUAUGGGGUAACGAGGAUAUGGCUACAAGACAAAGUUACAUUGCUCAAGUUAAAGUCGCACGACAAGUCUUUAUUCUCACAGGAAUGUUUUUAUUUGCGUGGACACCAUAUGCUUUGAUGUCUUUUCUCAGUGUAACCCACGUCAUUGAACCUAACGACAAGGAUAGCGUAUUGCCCGCAACAUUUGCCAAAAUGUCUAUUGUUUAUAAUCCUCUUAUAUACUUUUUUACCUUCAAACGAUUUCGAAAAAAAUCCAUACAGUUGCUUAAACUCCAAUUUGGCUCAUCGUCAUGAAAGCAAUCUGGAAUAUUUUUGGACGACCUGUUUAUCAAGAUAAAAUAAAUAAAUAAAAUAAAAGAUAGGAGCAGCUAUUUCAAGAACUCUACGCCAUCAGGGAAAACUUGUCAACAAAAUGUGUAUACAGAAAUAGAGAGUCAUUAAAUGCUUGUAGUUAUUUUAA